AUGGAGAAGUUUAAGACGGUUGUGAACGUGGUGAACAACCAGGCCAACCUGGGCUUCGGGCUGCUCUUCUCCUCGGUGGCCUUCAGUGAGCUCAACUUCCUGUACGGCCUGGUGUUCCUGCUGGUGCCGGCCCUGGCCCUGCUGCUGCUGGGGUACAUCCUGAGCAUGAGGACGUGGAAGCUGGUGACGGGCGUGUGUCUGCGGCGCGCACGGCGUGCACGGCGCGGGCGCUGGAGGGGCCUGGCGGCCAUGGGCCGGGCCCUGCUCCACAUCAGCUGCGCUGCGCUGGUGGCGCCCUGCAGCUGGGUGGCCGUGGCGCUGCUGAACGGGAACUACUACGAGUGCGCCAUGAGCGGGGCCAACGUGCGCGCGUACAGCCGCCACCUCUGCGAACACGCGCUCCCCAGCGCGCAGUGCGAGGGGGAGCUGUUCAGGUUCCCCUGUGAGAGGGGGGGCAAAGGCAGGGAGGAGGUUCUGCGCACGCUGAGGGCCCACUCUCAGAUUCUGGGCUGGCUCCUCAUUGCCUUCAUCAUGCUGUCCAACCUGUCACUCAUCUGCCUGGCCCGCUGCACAUCCCCCAUCAGUUACCUGCAGCUCAGGUUCUGGAGGGCAUAUGCUCAGCAGGAGAGCGACCUGAUGGAUUCAUACACCACCAAACACGCCAAGGAGCUUGCUGAGAGGAACCUGAAAAGCUUUUUCAACCAGUCACCUCCUGAAUGCAUCAUCACACCCUCCAACAAGGACUGGGAGAAGAUCUCCUCUCUGUAUCAGUUCAGCACCAAAGACCACUACUACAGCACCCUGCACCAGUACGUGGAGAGCUCCCAGCACAGCGAGGGCGGGACCAGGAUGGCUUCGGUUCGCUCCAGCGGGUCAGCCGACAACCCGGCUGCCCUCCAUUUUGUGGACGGAGGAACAGUAGGCCUGUGAGGAGGGGCUGUGUGUGAAACAUCUCUCUCAGGAGCAGAGCAUGUGGACCCAGAAUCCAUCACUCUUUAUCCAGAAAUCUGCUUCUCCAGGGCUGGAAUUGAGUUUGAAUAAGCAGACAUGGAUGGAGUCAUUGUCCCAGCAGCUGGGACCUUUUAUAUAUGUUUUAACCCUUUAACUUCUCAACCAUCUGUACAGCAGGAUGCUCUGACUCUAUUCAGUCAUUGUUUAGUCGUAACUUGCUCCUACAAG